UCCUCCCGUUUCGCUUUCGCUUCCGCCGAGCGGUCCAGCGGGUCCGCCGCCGCCCAGCAUGGACGACCUGGACUGCGACUCCACCUGGGAGGAGGACGAGGACGCCGAGGACGGCCUGGCGGGGGACGCGGACGCGGGGGACGAGGACGCGGGGGACGCGGAGGCGGACGGGCUGCGGGCCGCGCAGGCCGGCGCGCUCCAGUCCAGGGUGACAGGAUCGCGCAACUGGCGAGCGGUGCAGGACAUGCGUAGGUACCGGCACCACUACCCGGAUUUAGAAGAAGGAGACGGCAAUGGUGACAUGUCCAACCUGAGUUUCUACAGAAACGACAUCCCCUUCCAGCCCAAUGGUUGUGUCAUCGAGAACAUUCUUCAGCAGUGGAAGGACAACUAUGACAUCCUUGAGGACAAUCACUCCUACAUCCAGUGGCUCUUUCCCCUGCGGGAACCAGGAGUGAACUGGCAUGCCAAGCCCCUCACGCUCAAAGAGGUCCAGGCAUUCAAAAGCUCCAAAGAGGUCAGGGAGCGGCUCAUCCGGGCCUACGAGCUGAUGCUGGGCUUCUAUGGGAUUCAGCUUGAGGACCGCGGCACGGGGGCUGUGCGCCGAGCCCACAACUACCAGCAACGCUUCCAGAACCUCAACUGCCGCAGCCACAACAACCUCCGCAUCACGCGCAUCCUCAAGUCGCUGGGCGAGCUGGGCCUGGAGCACUUCCAGGCGCCGCUGGUGCGCUUCUUCCUGGAGGAGACGCUGGUGCGGCAGCAGCUGCCCGCCGUGCGUCAGAGCGCCCUGGACUACUUCCUGUUCGCGGUGCGCUGCCGGCGCCAGCGGCGCGAGCUGGUGCACUUCGCCUGGGAGCACUUCCGGCCCCGCUGCAAGUUCGUCUGGGGGCCCCACGACAAGCUGCGGCGGUUCAGCCCGCGCUCCCCCGCCCCUGCCGGCGGGGGACCCCGCGCGGGCCGGGGCCGACGCCCCGGGUCAGACCCGCGGCCCGAGAGGGACACGCGCGGGGACCGGGACCCGGCCGAGGGUCCCCCGCCGGCACCGGCGGAGCCCCCGGAUGCGGGGACCCCGGAGGGGGGCCGGGAGGAGGGGGGUGAGCCCCUGAGCCCCAAGGAGAACAAGAAGAGGAAGUUGGAGGCGCACAGGCCGGAGCAGGCCCCGCGAGAGCCGGGCCCCCAGAGCGCCCCCGACGUGGAGAACAUCGUCCUGAACCUGGAGGGCUGCGCCCUCAGCCCGGGAGGCCAGGCGCCCCGCGAGCCCCGCGAGGCCGCGCCGCCCGGCCCCGCCCGCCCCGGGGCCCUGUGCGGCCCAGGAAGCGAGGAAGCGGAGGAAGGUGGAGAAAGGCCCUCGGGGGGGCGCCGGUGGGGACGCGGGCCGCCGUCGGUGGCCGCCCCGAUGUCCCUGCCCGGCCCCCGGCCCCGCCGGGAGCCCCCGAGGGCCCAGAGAGCGGGAAUGGGGGCCGGAGGAGGAGAGCCUGGCAAGCCCAGAGGGGCCAGAGCACAGGGCCCCCGGGAGCCCGCCAGAGAGGCCGGGCCCCGGGGGCCCCAGGAGGCCCCGGGGGGGAGCCCCAGGAGGCAGCCGGGAUGGGCCCUGCCCCGAGCCCAGCGAGCCGUAGGGUGGGCGCCGCUGCCGAGGGCGCGGGCACGGGAGCCCCGCGGUGCCGCCUCGCUGCCCGGCGGUGCUGGUCUCUUCCUGGUGGUCUUGCAGCAGCCGCCCGAAGGGUAGAGGCCCCCCUCAGGGAAGGCCCCGGCCUUGGAACCCUCCUUACCUCACUGUGCCCCCCGCUGCCGGGGCUUGGGGGAGAGGCCUCGCUUCUCUCUUUGGUGCCCAGGAGGCCUUUUCUGAAUAAACUCCUUUGACUUUG